UAACCCAACUCGAAGGAGUGACAGUCAGUCGUAAACUAAAAUCAACUUUCUCUUUCCCAUGACUAUAUAAAUACAUGACAUUUUUUGCUUAAAAAUCAGGCAUCUCCAUAAUCUAAACCCUCAAGGCAGACCGGAAAUUUGAAUCCUUUUCCCUUCAAAUUCACAGCAAAUCAAAUGAUGAAGGAACCCAGUUUCUCCUCUCUGGUUCGCCUCAACAUCGGUCAGCUCUCUCUUUCAUACCGUGUUUGAGGGAGAAAAUUUUGCACGACAGUUGAUACUUUGACGCAGCGGGAACCUGAUUCAAUGCUUGCUGCCAUGUUUAGUGGUCGCCACACGGUGUGUGAGGACCCUGAGAAGGGAUAUGUUUUUGUUGAUAGGGAUGGGAAACAUUUUAGACAUAUUCUAAAUUGGUUGAGGGAUGGCGCGGUUCCCACACUUUCUGAUGCUGAAUAUUCAGAACUUAUGCGGGAGGCAGAAUACUAUCAGCUGCUUGGACUCAUUGAGGGAAUCAAUUCGGUUUUGAAUAAGAGGAAGGAAAUCGAAGAGCUAGAUACUGAAUUAACACGGACAGAUAUCAUCAAGUGCAUACAAUCUGAUAAAGUUCGGUUUCGAGGGGUCAAUCUUUCUGGCCUUGAUCUUUCUAAACUGGACCUUUCAUUUGUUGACUUCAGCUAUGCAUGCCUUAAAAAUGUUUUCUUCUCACGUGCCAACCUUCAGUGUGCAAAAUUCCGGGACGUGGAUGCUGAGGGUUCUAUAUUUCACAAUGCAACUUUGCGAGAAUGUGAAUUUACUGGUGCAAAUCUUCGUGGAGCUUUAUUAGCCGGUUCUAAUCUUCAGAGUGCUAACCUACAAGAUGCUUGUCUAAUAGAUUGCAGUUUCUGUGGUGCGGAUCUGCGCUCUGCACACUUACAGACUGCUGAUCUUACCAAUGCCAACCUGGAAGGAGCUAAUCUAGAAGGUGCCAAUCUCAAGGGUGCAAAGCUGAAUAAUGCAAAUCUAAAAGGUGCGAAUCUUCAGAGAGCUUAUCUACGACAUGUCAAUCUUCAGAACACACAUUUGGAAAAUGCAAGACUUGAUGGUGCCAAUCUGCUUGGAGCAAUUCGAUAAGAUUGACGCAGGGCUGGAUGGAUGCACCUAGCAUGAGUGGAAAAAAUAUAGAUUGCUGCUUGCGAGUAAAUCUAUAUCAUGUCCAUUCCUCCUCUUAUCUGCUGGAAGUAGAUCCCAUAUUAUGAAAUUGUGGAUGGUUUGGCUGAAGUGUGCAAAUUAAAAACUUGCUCAUAUAUAUAUAUAUACUAUAUAUAUAUAUAUGUAUAUGUGUGUGUGUGUCUGUUGAUUGUAUAUGGACCUCGGAUACAACGCUUAAUUAUUUACUAAGACACGCAUAUUAAAGGA